GAAACACCAUAUUGACAGCGGUGCUCAUGUAUAGGCUGUAGGGCUUCGCGUGAAAGAUCUUUCCUACCCAGUAGAAGGCAGUGCUUGAUAUUUUCAGUUAAACAGAGUGAAGGGUGGUCCCAAUGACAAGGAUCACGAGCUGCCGGGCUGUUUUCCGUGUCUGCUGUUACAAAGAUAAGGAUGUUUGUCUUCUUCCAGUUCCUCCUGGUUUUCUUUGUGCUCCCCUUACUCUGUCUUGGACAACAAAGCCCCUGCUUCCUUUUUGGGAGGGCAGCGUGGGGGCGGCGGCAGGGGCAGCGCUGUAGCAGGAGUUCCUCACUGCUUCGCGCAGGGCUCUCGCACCUUGCGAGGAGCUCAGCUGGCACCUCUUGGAGCUUCUAGCAAUCAUGCUGUAGGACCGUCCACUCGUAUGACAGUUUUUAUUGUGAUAAUGGGAGCAAAAACCAACUCCCCUUACAACUCUGGAUAGCCUCCAAAAUACAACCCCCUCUCCCCCCCACUCCGUCUCUCUAAAAAGUAACUUCAAAUGUUUAAGUUAAACCUAAGGAAUAACUCAUGCCCCAGAAUUAAGCACCUCAUUUUAGUAGAAAUGGAUCUCCUUUUGAAGGAACUGUUUUGUGUACUCGGGUACCAGUUCUUCUGCGUCCAUUGCUUCAUUUGGUGUCCCAGCCCUAAGAGUCUAGAUGACAAAUGUGGAUUCCUCAGGAGCAUUUGUUAAGACCAAAGCUUUGGGAUACGUGGAAGCAGGCUCUGACGUUUUUAAAUGCAGGUCUCCAGCCUGGGUUGAAGUCAUGAAGGCACCAGAUCGUUUUAAUGGGGAUCACCGUGAUGGUGGACCCUCUGAAGUGAUAUAAAAGGAAGGGAAGCUUUUUCUGACUUGUGCAUCGUGGGCGUGCUUAGUGAAGCUGGCUCUAACAGCGUUUUCUUAUGUGUAGGUAUGAGGACGAGACAUGGAAAAGGGGGAAGGAAUGGUUGGGAGUUAACUCAAUGAAUGCUCAGCAUGAAAAAGAAAAAACAAACAAAUCUGGAAAGCAAUGUAUGUACCUCCGUACCCACUUCCUUUCACUGCAGUCUGUCACAGAAUCACAGAAUGUGUCACAGGUUGGAAGGGACCUCCAGAGAUCAUCUGGUCCAGCCCCCCUGUUCAAGCAGGGUCACCCCAAGCACGUUACAUGGGAUCCCAUCCAGACGGGUUUUGAGCAUCUCCCAAGAAGACACUCCACAAGCUCUCUGAGCAGCCUGUUGCAGUGCUCUGUCAUCUGAACCGUAAAGAAGUUCUUCCUCAUAAGAGGAUGAAACCUCCUCCUCGUGGCUCUGUUUCACUUGCUCAGAAAUCCAUUCUGAAACCCACCAGCUGAACCGGGAACAAUUACUAAUGUAAUGUGUCUAACUGUGGGUGACCCGUUUGGUGAUAAUCUGGAGCUGAGUAAUAAUAGAGCGGUGCACUAAAAGUGAGGAGGGAGGUGGCUCGGGGACAUGGUGUGGCAAACAGCUAGAGAGGAGGAAGUUGGAAGUGAUGGGAGGAGGUUCCGGGAUCUGGUGGAGCCAAUAAAACGACCCAUCUACGACAUGUCUGGUGGGGAACCCGAUGGCUAACAAAGACUGGACUGUCUGCUAGUGAAGUGCAAGCGCCUCUAGAGCCACAGGAAUGAGAUAUCCUGGGAUGCGUAAGAGCAACAGCAUGUGUAAGGUUCAAUUGCUUGAGAAAGAAACAAAUCAUGAAAGAAAUGGUCAAGGCCACACUUGCUCCUUAUUGCAAUGCAUCUCUUUGGUGUAAUUACACAAAACUAGAAUAGCAUCGUUCCUUGCGCCAGGAACCGCUCUGCUCGGCUGUGGGAUCGACUGUGGAACAGAUGCCCAUCAGUGCACCCCAAGCAUUUUCCUCGGAGGGGUCUCCGCUCUCAGCUGCUCACCAGGACCUCCUGAAGCUGUGGACAAAUGAUAUUAAGUGAUAUUUUCUUGUGGUAUGAAUGAGAAUUGCAAGAGGCCUCUCUGCAUGGCGGUGUGGUAGUGCUGUGCGAGUGAGAUGCAGCAUCUCUGCGAAGCAACAUCCCUAGUGCUUAGUGGUUUGUUGAGUGGUGUAGAUUCUAGUAGGCACGCUGCUUUUACGUAACUCUGCAUGUGAUUUUCACUUUGUUGCUUCUUGUACCGUGCAUCCUGCAAUAUCUGCGGUGAUUGUUAGGCAAUCUAUCGAAAGCAUUUGGUUAAUGAAAAAUAAAAAAGGGGGAAUUGUGGAAAAGGAAUUUGCAGGUAGCUCUGCGCUGUUUCACACGUCCCCGAAUGAGAGAUAAUGAGGAAACCAGCAGUAGAAACAAAAACUUGAGCAAGGUUGAGAUAAAGGCAGUUGGCUACAGUGUUGAAGAUGAUCUCUGGGGCAGUGGCCAACUGCUGGCUGGCUCGAAGCACGUGUCUGAGGGUCUCUAACCAAUUGUAUGAGAGAUUUGGGCACGUGGACAGCGCGUGGAGCUACGGGGAAAGUAUAUGUAGUAGUGAAAAAGGGCAAGAAAGGCCUCCUGUUGAAGAGCCAUCAGGAGUCUGUGUCUUGCAUCCCUUCACCUAGCUUAGCACGUGUACAGAGGUCCAGCGCCUAACUCAGAAAUAAUUCUUUAAAGUCAAGCAACAGGGCUUUGGUUGAAACAACAUGGGAAGCUCCUCCUGUUCUGUAUUCUGGGGGAAUACACUUUUCCCUGCAGUGUAUUCCCCAGGACAUUUAGUACCUGUUGGCUGAAGACAAACGCACAACAGAGGGUACCCCAACACAGACGGGCAGCAGGUUCUUGUGCGUCACCUUUGAGCCCGAGCCUGAGCACGGAGCUGCUUUACGAAGCCCAGGCACGAGAUGAGUGCAGCGAUGUCACAGGGUGAACGGUCCACUGGGAAGACCCUAGCGGGCACGAUGGAGUCACGGGACGUGACCCCGCAGAAGGGCUCUCUCCAGCUCCUCGUGAAGAAACGGGAGUCCGCCAGUGCCACAAGCCCCAGCGUGGUGCGCCAGCGCCCACCAGUGCCACGGGCACGGUCACGUUCACGGAAGAGACGCAUCCGUGUCAAAUCCGUGGAAAUACUGCGGGCACACGGUCGGCUCAUGGAGACGAUCGAGGAGGAGCCCCUGGACAGCUCGGGCGAGAUCGAAACCUUCCCCGUUGCUGUCAAGGAGGUUGAGAGCCACUUGGAGAGCCUGGGUGGCAGGAAGGGAGCAGAGAGUGCGAGGACCUCCCUGUCACCAGCUCGGACUAGCGAGCCUGAGAGCAAUCCAGGCGUAGCGGAGUCCACUGUUAAGAGGAGGAGGGCAGUCUCUGAGACGCUCUCAGAAACCGGAGAAAACAGCAAUGCCAAAGUUUCAGGGGGUGGUCGCAAACUUCUGAGAGGACUUCGAGAAGCGCGCCCUCCGAAGCCUGGCAAGACGCUGCAGCUCUUUGAGGAGAAUGCCUCCUUAAAGGAUAAAGAGUCUCUUCCUCAAGCUGCAGCGUCUGAAGCAGAGAAGAGGAGCUGCUUUGCCAAUAAUAUUUCCGAGGAGACCAAGGCCUGCACUGCGCCUGGCGGCCUGGGCACAGGCAGGAUGCACUCUGAGAACAGGCAUACCGCCUCCUCGAGGAUGAGCGAUGCUCGUUGCCAGCAGGAGCAGAAAACUGCACAGUUUCUCAGAUACACAGAAUCUGUCCACUGGAGAAGUGAUGAAAAGUGCCCAAAAGUUGAAGGCGGUAUGAACCAGCCAUUUAUAGCGGCAGAGAAGAUGGAAGCGCUAAGACGGCCAAAAUCUACAAUGUCUUCAGUGGCUUCCAGGAUGAAAGCAAUUAAUGCAAUCCUCAAAAAUCAACAACUUCCUGUAAGAGGUCCACGCCAUCUUGAAGCUGGUGCACCAAAUCCGGAGUGCAAAAGAAAGGAAUCCUCUGUGAUCCAGGUGUUUCCGAAUCUUAAGGAGCCACAGAGGAGGGAGCCAUUACGCCAGCCGAUAAAGAAAAUCAAUUCUGCAGCUUCCAGACUGAAGGCCAUCAAUGAAAUGCACAAGAGCCAAAGUAAUCUUCUAGGAUGGCCAAACCAGCAAGAAGCUGCUUUAGUGGCUUACGAUAUGCAGUGGCGUGAAACCCCAGAAUGCGAUGGAAAGAACAAAGACGAAGCCCUCGCAGGCCACGUGUUGUGCAGCAAUGCACAUCACGUUUCCAAUAAAAACCUGUAAUGACUUAAAAGUAA